AUGCUCUACUUCUCGGCCAAGAACACUAAAACACAGUUUAAACAUAGUACCGAUUCAUCCCAGUUCGGACCUUUCCUCAAUCAAAUUGGUGUGUCUCUACACCAACUGUUGGACUUUGACCUCAUUCUUCCCAAUAACCUAUGGCUUGAUAUUGGCAAGGAAACCUGCCUAUCAAUCCCACAAGCCACCAACGACGCCUAUAAACACAUACCCCAGGUCUAUCUUUGGCGGCGGUGCUGUCUGGGUCACUAUCUCCAGUGGCUGUAUAACAAGAGUCCACCCAAGUCGCACCAGACAUACUACCAGAAUAACAUGCUCUAUGAGGCAGUUGACUUUACUAGUCUUACCCCCCCAACUUCUCGGUUACGCAGGGGUAGUCUACUCUAUAGUCAAUUCUAUAGCACCACCAAGGAACCUCUAGAUGCGGCCAAGCACUUUCCCUUCCAGAACACCUAUCUCCGCGAGCUGGCCCUUGGGCCCUACCUUCAAGCUGCCGCCAGGUGUAUCAUUGGAAGUAGUGCUCAGAAGGUAGUGUCACUAGAACAGGCCUAUCUUGCCACUAAAGUCCGCUACUAUACUGCCUUGACUGCCUCUCGGGGGAAGGCUUAUGGUACCCGCGAGGAGCACCGCAUCUCUUGGACCCAGUUCCAGAGUCUACACACUUUCAGCCAGGUCCAGGGACCUGCCACCCUACCAGGACCCUCUGAAGUUUCAGGUACCCUAUCUUGUAUCUGGAUAAUACCAACGUUAACAUUCUUUGACUUUGCCUGGUACAAUAGCAACAAGUUUGCCGCAGGCUUUAAGCUCAUCCGUACCUAUACCCUUCAACAGCAUGUGACGCGUUGGGAGCAGGUCAAGAUGAUGGACAUGUUUCUCUACUGCCUCCAAUAUGCGGCCGGGUCCUAUAACUACCGUCGCGCCAGCCCUCUGUGGUGGAACCACCGGAGCAUUCCAAAUCGGAAUGCACAAGACCUUGAGACGCUCUACUAUGGCCUUAGCAGCUCAGUGACACUCCCUCAGUACAGCUACUGCUGGCUUCAGCCUCUUUUUAAUUGGUCUUGUCUUGCCUUCCAGCCUGGACUUACUAACUACACUCUGUUUGGGACCGGCCACCUACACCAAAACUACAAGCAUGCCUAG